AUGUCCAUCGGCAGCGAUGACAGUACCGUCGGCGACGAUGUCAGCAUGACCAUCGGCAGCGAUGACAGUACCGUCGGCAGCGACGGCAGCACCGUCGGCGGCGACUGUGAAACGACUUUCAACAAAAACAUGGCCGAGAUGGAGACCUAUGAUGCAGCGAAGAACGAAAGCUCCAGCAAUGUUUCGACCGCAUUUCAGCAAGCCAAACUUGCUGGAGGAAACCAUGACACUGUGGCCAACGACAAGCUCAAUAACUAUACCUCCAUGUCCUCGGCUUCGAGAACUAUACUGGCGACAAACGACGCGAACAGCUUGCGGACGCUAUAA